AUGGAAGAAGUUGGUGCCAACAUCCCACCUAUCGAGGUGUAUUCCGACAAAUAUGCUGGACAGGUGGUUUUUAUCGACGGUGCUGCGCAAGGUAUUGGCGAGGUGACGUCCAAAUUGUUCGCCUCCCAGGGUGCCACGGUAGUAAUGGUCGAUAUCCAGGAGGACAAGCUGAAGAAGGUCAAAGCAGCAAUCGACAGUGCUGGCGGCGGCAAGGCAGAUUACCGGAUCUGCAACGUCGGUGACGACACCCAGGUAAAUGUCUUAAUCGACGAGGUUGUCAAAACGUACGGCAAGAUCGACGUCUUGAUCCAUUUUGCCGCCGUCUAUCCGUUCAUCCCGAUCCUGGGGCAUUCAACAGAGGACUACAGGCGGAUUAUGAACGUCAAUAUGGACGCCUGCUUCUUUCUCGCGCGUGCAGUCCUGCCGCACAUGCAGAAGGCCGGCUACGGGCGAAUCAUCAACACAUCGUCGGGGACGCUGCAGCUGCCGGACACGGGCCUUUCGGUCUAUGUCGCGGCCAAGUCGGCCAUUCUGGGCUUUACAAGAGCUCUGGCUGUCGAAGCAGGGCCAGGCAUCACGGCCAAUAUCAUUCUUCCGGGCUUGAUCAGAACAGAGGCGGUCUGGAACAAUCACGUUCAACCGGAUGGCUCUCAUCGCCUCUUUGACAUGUUGAUCAAGAAGCAAUGUGUAAAGCGGCAUGGAAGGCCCGAGGACAUCGCUCAUACUGUCAAUUUCAUCGCAAGCCCAGAGGCGCAGUUCAUCACUGGGCAGAUAUUCGAUUGCGGAGGCGGAGCAACGUUUCAUUGA